AUGUCGACUGAUAAGAUCACCUUCCUCACCAACUGGCACGCUACGCCAUACCACGCUCCGCUCUACCUUGCUCAGGCCAAGGGGUACUUCAAGGAAGAGGGCAUCAAGGUCGCUCUGCUUGAGCCCAAUGACCCCAGCGAUGUUACCGAGAUCAUUGGCACCGGCAAGGUCGAUCUCGGCUUCAAAGCCAUGAUCCACACCCUCGCCGCCAAGGCCCGCAACUUCCCUGUUCUCUCUGUCGGCAGCCUCCUCGACGAGCCCUUUACGGGCGUCGUCUAUCUCAAAGACUCGGGCAUCACCACCGACUUUCGCUCCCUGAAGGGAAAGCGGAUCGGCUACGUGGGCGAGUUUGGUAAGAUCCAGAUCGACGAGCUGACGUCUCACUACGGCAUGACGCCCGACGAGUACACGGCCGUACGCUGCGGCAUGAACGUCUCCAAGGCGAUAAUCGAAGGCACCAUAGACGCCGGCAUCGGCCUGGAGAACGUGCAGAUGGUUGAGCUCGAGGAGUGGCUCGCCGGCCAGGGCCGCCCCAAGACGGACGUGCAGAUGCUCCGCAUCGACGAGCUCGCCGAGCUCGGGUGCUGCUGCUUCUGCACCAUCCUGUACAUCGGCAACGAGUCCUUCAUCGCCGAGAACCCGGACAAGGUCCGCAAGUUCAUGAAGGCCGUCAAGAAGGCCACCGACUACGUGCUGGAGCAGCCCGAGGAGGCCUGGAAGGAGUACGUCGGCUUCAAGCCCGUCAUGGGCUCGGACCUGAACCGCAAGAUCUUUGAGCGCAGCUUCGCCUACUUCUCGCACGACCUGAAGAACGUCGAGCGCGACUGGGCCAAGGUCACCAAGUACGGCAAGAGGCUGGGCGUCCUGGACGAGAGCUUCAAGCCGAACUACACCAACGAGUUCCUCGACUGGGCCCUCGACGAGGACUCUCCGGACCCUACCGGCGACCAGAAGAGGAUGGUCGAGCUGCAGAACGAGGUUUCCUGCAAGGGCGGCUUCCGUCGCCUGAAGCUGCAGUCCGCCGUCAAGGCCUAG